AUGGGUAAUUCUUCAAGUAAGCCUAUAGUACAGCCGCAAUAUGAUUCAAGUAUGCCUCCCGCUUUUCAUUUUAGUAGGACAAGACACAUGGUAAUUGCAUGCUCCAAUCGUGAGUUCCACUGUUUUCCCACAGAGCAUUCGUAUGAGAGGCGUAAGAAUACACGUAAAUCUGGUGCUCCUGUGACUUUAGAUGAUGGAGCCUUGGGCGUCCCUCUUUUGACAUUGGAAAGAAGCAAUUUAUUCCAGCGUGCGUUUGACAGCGACGCACCAUACUGUAGAAUUUACAAGUACAUGCUUCAAAAGUCGAGCGAAGCGCCAUUGAAUGAGCGCUGUGAGAUGGUACAUAAAAGCGGUGAGCUGGUUCUUUACAAAAUGCCCUUUUGUGAAGUGAAGAAAUCGUGGUCUCGAGGGCUGCGAACAUGCUACGAAUUGAGCAUCUGGUCAGUCGAUGGCAUCCAGAAACUAGUCAUGAUAGAGCAUCGUUGGGGAAGCGAUCUUGAUACCAAAAUCGGGCCUUGGAAUGUUCAGUGGCGUCAAGAAGGUUUCGAAAGUUUCAGUUUGACCACCAUUCCGGACGAGAUGCCAAGUUUAUUAGAUGACGAGGAAACGAUAAAACGAAAGAAGCAAAAUAAAACCAAGAUCAGCGAUUCAAAAAGGUACUUGUGCGCCAAGUUUUCAACCACCGGGAAAUCCCAUACACUUCGGUCGUUUGCUAAGUUAGCAGACUUGUGUGUUGGUGAGAUUGAUAUCGAGACAGAUGCUGCGUCAUAUGGGUUGUACAGUGUACCGUGGUAUACUCAAGUUACUGCUUGUAUGGGGUUGAUCUUAACUUUAGUUCAAAUGGAAAAAAGAGAGGACAGGAAUAAGAGGUCAAGACGCCGUAUGGGAUCUGGCUUCACUCUCAACCCCUUAGGUCCAUUGAACACUGCCGGUCCCACUAGAGCACUAAAUAAUACCAACCCAUUUUUUUAA